CGCAGUACCCAGACAACCACAUCGUUGUGAGGUGGAAGGAGUGACUGCGAUGGCAGAUUUGUCUUUGUAUUUAACGAAUGUGAAUGUUUCACUGGGGCAAACUAUGGAAACUGAUAAGGGUCUAAAAGGAGAGACAGACCUUGAGAGGGUGGAAAUGGGAGACUCUGCGGGGAGGCAGAGCAAAGUGAAGGUUCCUCGCAGGACCAUCUUCUUUGCCAGUGGAGAGACCAUGGAGGAGUACAGCACUGAUGAAGAGGAGGAAGUGGAGGAGCCUGUGAAGAGAGAUGUCUUACCUGAUACGUCCAAACUGACCUGGGGUCCAUACUUCUGGUUCCACAUGUGGAGAAUGGGCACUUCUACUAUCUCAGUGUGUGACUUCAUGGGAGAGAGACUGGCUUCACUGUUCGGCAUCACUUCUCCUAAAUACCAGUACGCUAUAGAUGAAUACUACCGCAUAAAGAAAGAGGAGGAGGAGGAAGAGGAGGAGAACCGUCUGGCUGACACUGCGGAGCGUCGCUUUGCGGACCAGAGCAGUGGCGAGCAGGACGACCCCCACCCUGCCACCGUGGAGCAGCCGGAAGCUUCCAGAGCCUCCUUUGUAAACAUUAGCUUCGAGCUGGAACCUGAAGCUCCUCUCAGCACCGCAGACACCAACAGAGUCCCCUCCCCCCUGCCCUCAUGAAAACUCCCACAUUUCUCUCCGUUACAAGUCCGAAAACAUACAUUUACUUUGCUUUAUAGAUUAUUAAUACUGUUUUGUUUUUUUGUCAGUGCAGGGAGAAAUACAAAGGGCUGUAGCAGUGACUGCACUCGCUGUACCUGUAAAUUUAAAGGGCAUUUCAAUCCUAUGCAAGACUGAGAGGUAUCUUUGAACUGUUUUGUUGACCAGAAAAAGGUUCAAUUGAGAAAGGGAAAUAAAGGCUGGAUGUUAAACUUUUUGAGAAAUAGAUCAUUCCUCCCUGAGCAUGAACACACACAUGAUUCUACUACUGGAUAUAUGCAAAGUCAGACAUUUCAUAACAUUAGCCACGUUUGUAGAGACACUACCCGAGUUAUGGCGUAGGCUUGGGUUAAUCCAACAUCUACAUUCACAGGAGUAAGAUUUGGUUUCACAUAUUAGCUAAUAAUAUCUAUCUAGCAUAUGAAUCUUCCUGCAGGUGUUCUAUAAUAUCUGUACUUAGCAGCAUAUACUAACUGAUUUUGUGGCACUCCUGCAAAUAAUUAUAACUAAGAUCCAAUUCAUCUCUAGAUAGACUUAAAAAACCUCCUGGUCACUAUCGUGUCUUUUCAGAUACAGAUGAGUGUUGCACCACUAUUGUGCAGAUGGAUCUAUGUCAUUGAGAUUUGGAGCCAUGUAAGAAGUAGCAGUUUUUGUUCAAAUGUACUUUAAUACAAGAAACGUUACGAUUUCUUUGUACUUUCUAUGUAAACAUUGUGAUUCUGUGAUGAUAUCAAUUGACAAAAAGAAACAAUCUAUGGUAAUUGUUUUCUUCAAGAAAGGGCUAAUGUUGGCAAAUAUUGAUUUAGUUAUACAAUCUGAUGGUACUCAAAUGUAUUGUUGACGAAUGAUCUACACUAUUGCCUUCAUGUUGUUGUUGUUGAAGGUUCAUCUCAAAGUGUCCUUGUUGAAGCGUCUGAGUGUAGCAGCGUAAUGCUGAGACUGAGCUAUCGUAAGCUGCUUAUUGAUACUUCUAUCCUCCCACAUGGCUGAGUGACAUCACAUCUCAGCCUGGAAUGGUUCAGAUUCACAGAAAUGACAAUGAUCUAGUUCAAGAAGAGAUUUAUAUAUGGGCUUUAAAGAAGUAGUGAGAGCUAGAUUGCAACGUAUCAGUAUGUUAAUAACACUGUGGGUGAAGGUCUGUCUGUAGGCAAUGAAAGAUAUUAGUUGUGCUUUUUAAAUGUAUAAAAAGUUCCAAUGUGCUAAAGUUAUUUUAACAAUCCUUUAUUGAAUAUGUGUAUACAUAUUUAUAUUUUCUGUGUUAAUAAAACCGUUAAACAUUCAAAA